GGAAACCGCGCGCCUUGGAGUUGUGGGAGGACCGUGGCCUGUGAGAUGCCGCCUAGAGCGGCUCCAACCAUCGAGUUUCAGCCUGGAGGGGCCUCGGCGCAGCGUGAGUGGUGCAUGCGCGUAGUUUUGCUUCGCUCUGCCAGUGAGGAGGCGUGGGGACGGCGCCAUGGCUCCGGUGCUGAACCUCAACAACGAGGUUGUGAAGAUGAGAAAAGAUGUAAAGAAGGCCAGAGUCCUGACCAUUCGCAGACUGACCAGACACAUCGGGAAAUUGAAGUUGAAAAAGGGUUCAGAAGACUUGAGGUUAAAGAACCAAAAACGAGUUGAGAGAUUAAUAGAAGAAAUCCAUGCUAUGAAGGAAAUAAAGCCAGAUCAAGUUACCAGACUUGCACUUAGGAAAGAAGUUAAUUUUGAAAGUGUCUGCAGAAAGCCAAAGUCCACUGCAAAUGAGCGAGCCAUUGCAAGACUUGCAACGCACCCCCUCUUGAAGCCCAAAAUUGCUGAGCUUAAAGCUGCUGUAAAAGCUUUUAAGGAUGCAAGACAGAACCCAGCCAAAGCCAGUCCUUCAGAAAAGAAUAAGUCAGAAGCACAGCCUAAAUCAGCACAAAAUUCCAACAGCAAUUUGAAUGAACAAGUUCUUAAACUAGUUCAAAAGCAGCAAGGAUUUGAAGACAAAACAAAAAUGAGUGUGAAAAUGGAAACCGACAGAGGAGCUGAUAAACUCAGUGAGAGUGAAACUGAACAGGAAAUUAUGGAAAUUGAGAGAAUUCCGAAAGAGCUUUCGUCACAGACAAUAAAAAUGCAAGCAGUCACUCAGACAAGAAAGAAACUUGGCUGUAAAAAAAAGAAGGAAAAUGUGAGCAUGAACAAAUUAACUGCAAUGAAACAAAUAAUUGGGGAUGGUAGUGACCUGGAACAACAUAGUGAAGAGGAGUAUUUUGAUGAUAGCACUGAAGAGAGGUUUUAUAACCAAACUUCAGAUUCUGACAGUGAUAGCAAUGAUGAUUUCUUCAUUGGCAAAGUAAAAAGAAAGAAGAAAACAGCAGUUAAUGAUCUUUCUUCGGUAAAAGAAAAGAAUACACUGCAGAAAAACAUAUUGAAGGAAGAAAAGAGCACAGUAUCUGGGACAGGGCAAAAUUUGAUCAUGGAAGGAAAGCCACAUGCAGAAGCAAGGAAGCUGGAAUCAGUGUUCUGCACUUCGUUGUCUACCUCCAGUCAGAAAUCCCAAAACAGAAGAAAUACUAAAGACCAGCCUUUCAAAAACAGACAAACAGCUCUUCUUAAAAAGGAACCACAGCUCAAAAAGCAACCAUUUCCAAAAGCUUCCAUUCUUAAAUGUGACAGUAAGAAUCCACGUUUGGAGCAGCCUCUUCAUCCUUCAUGGGAAGCAAGCAGGAGACGCCGGGAACAAAUGUCACAAAUUACAGCAUUCCAAGGCAAAAAGAUUAAAUUUGAUGACUAGAGUGUAUGUAAAUUGAGAUUUUAAAAGAUGAUUUUUGUUAAUUUGCAUCUUAUGAUGUUUUUGUAGGUAGUAAAAACUGGUGUUUGAACACUUUUUCUUGAUGAUAAGGACAGAAAACAGUGUAGAAAUCUUCACUGAGAUAAUAUUUUACAUUUCUCAAGAAUUUAUGCCCGUUAAGCCAUGUUUGCGUGUCUUGAUAAUUCCAAUUUCAUAAUGCCACUACUUAUGGAAUAUGCCCUAACAUGACUGAAUGUGUUUUAAAAACAUCAUUUGUGCCAUGUAGGAGUAGUACAGAUUCUCUGGAGUUUUAUUUUUGUAAAAAUGUACUUUUAACUGCUUGAGGGAUUCAAUCUAAGGUAGUAGGUAAGAAUACCACUACUGAAGUGAUAAUCCUAGGAGAGUAUUAUCAAAUACACAUCUCCGGUGAGGAAAAGAAAUCUCUUAAACUUAAGACCUUACAAAUUCCUGCAUGUAUCAGGUAGCUAUGAAAGCCAAUUAGUAAUGCACAUGUUGUCAAAACUUCUGGGCAGCAAUAAAAUAUUGGACUGUUAAA